CGGAAGUGCUGGGCGUCACGGGACAGACCGGGCUCCGCCGCCGCCGCCGCCGCCAUGCUGCUCUCCUGCUUCCCAGAGCUCUACUUCAACGUGGACAGCGGCUACCUGGAGGGCCUGGUGCGCGGCUUCAAGGCCGGGGUGCUCAGCCAGGCCGACUACCUCAACCUGGUCCAGUGCGAGAGCCUGGAAGAUCUGAAGCUUCAUCUCCAGAGUACGGACUAUGGGAACUUCCUGGCCAACGAGGCCUCCCCUCUCACUGUCUCUGUCAUUGAUGACAAGCUGAAGGAGAAGAUGGUUGUGGAGUUCCGCCACAUGCGGAAUCACGCUUACGAGCCUUUGGCCAGUUUCCUGGAUUUCAUCACCUACAGCUACAUGAUUGACAAUGUCAUUCUGCUGAUUACUGGGACGCUCCAUCAACGCUCCAUCGCAGAACUGGUACCCAAAUGCCACCCCUUGGGCAGCUUUGAGCAGAUGGAGGCUGUGAACAUUGCCCAGACGCCAGCUGAGCUGUACAAUGCCAUCCUGGUGGACACUCCUCUCGCCGCCUUUUUCCAGGAUUGCAUAUCUGAGCAGGACCUGGAUGAGAUGAACAUAGAAAUUAUACGAAACACUUUGUAUAAGGCUUACCUGGAGUCCUUCUACAAGUUCUGCAAGAGCCUGGGAGGCACAACCGCAGAUGCCAUGUGCCCGAUUUUGGAGUUUGAAGCCGAUCGCAGAGCCUUCAUCAUCACCAUCAAUUCCUUUGGCACCGAGCUGUCCAAGGAGGACCGAGCCAAGCUCUUCCCCCACUGCGGCAAGCUCCACCCCGAGGGCCUGGCUCAGCUCGCCCGGGCAGAUGACUACGAGCAAGUCAAAACCGUGGCCAACUACUACCCGGAAUACAAGUUGCUCUUUGAAGGAGCAGGGAGCAACCCUGGUGACAAAACCCUCGAAGACCGAUUCUUUGAGCACGAGGUGAAGCUGAACAAACUGGCCUUCCUGAACCAGUUCCAUUUCGGUGUGUUUUACGCUUUUGUGAAGCUGAAGGAGCAAGAAUGUCGCAACAUUGUGUGGAUCGCAGAGUGCAUUGCGCAGCGCCACCGAGCAAAGAUCGACAACUACAUCCCCAUCUUCUGAGUGUUUCCCUUCACCUGGCAAAGCCCGUAGAUGUCUGGAUGGGGCGGCUGAGGCAGGAGGGUUUCCACCCACAUCCCCCUUUCCUGUUGGACUCCUUCUGCCUGCCAGAAUUGGACAGGCUCAGUCGUGCUGUAUCUGUACCAACUCGUUGUGCUGUUGAGAAGGCCCCUUGCUGGGCGCAUCAGAAGGCUUCACACCCGCAGCCAUCCUGGUGCCCCCAUUUGGGACACACCCAGUGGCCAGUUCUUAGCAUCGGCUGCCUGUUGCCACCACCCUCAGGGGCUUCUCAGCCUCGGUCAGGGCAGCCAAGUGAUCCUCUGCCCGGAGUUCCACCCUCCUAGGGGCCUGCCUGCUUCUCCCUCCCUGGGUGGCCUCCUGUCUUCUGCAGGUGGCGGCUCUGGCCUUAAGCAGCAGCUGCUCCAGCCCCCCCUCUCCCCCUGCCAGGAUGGUCAGGGGUCGCUCCUUGCAAGGGCCCUGGGGGUCUCAGCCCCAAGUUCAGGCGAGGAUCUCCCUGCCCGGGGUGGCUCUGAGCUCGCCCCACUGCUCCGUCUCUUGGGCAUCCGUAAGGCCUGACUGGGCACCUGCAUCAGCCCGUUCACCUGAGCAGGUGAGGCUGGUGCUUUUGACCUCGUCAGCAACUUUUCUCCCACCAGCGGUAAUCGAAAAAGCUUCCCUCGGAGCCGGCCCAGAGCUCUUGCUGAAAGUCCCACGUUUCUAUUGAGAUGGCCCCUGGGGAGUUGUGUGUGUGUGUGUGUGGGGUCUUUGUUGCCAGGCUUGCUACCCUUGAGCAGCAAUGACAGACAUCCAUCUGUUUCCCCCCCCCUGGAAAACCGGCCCCCCCCCCCCCCCCCCCCCCCCCCCCCCCCCCCCCCCGCGGGCACAGUCCCGGGUCCUUGUCAAAGGCUGCCUUUCCCUGGCUAUUGUGGGUGGGAAGUCAGUCCCGUCAGCCUCCGUGUGUGCUCAGUGAUCGCGCUGUUCCCAGUGUUUGUGUAUCUUCCUCUUAAACCAUAGUGAUGAACCACUGA